AGUGGAGAUGGCGGCGGCGGCGGCUCAGGGGGGCGGGGGCGGGGAGCCCGGGGGAGCUGAUGGGGUCGGCCCGGGGGUCUCGGGGGAGGUGGAGGUAGUGAAGGGGCAGCCGUUCGACGUGGGCCCGCGCUACACGCAGCUGCAGUACAUCGGCGAGGGCGCGUACGGCAUGGUCAGCUCAGCUUAUGACCACGUGCGCAAGACUCGCGUGGCCAUCAAGAAAAUCAGCCCCUUCGAGCAUCAGACCUAUUGCCAGCGCACACUGCGGGAGAUCCAGAUCUUGCUGCGCUUCCGCCAUGAGAACGUCAUUGGCAUCCGGGACAUUCUGCGGGCGCCCACCCUGGAAGCCAUGAGGGAUGUCUACAUUGUGCAGGACCUGAUGGAGACAGACCUGUACAAGUUGCUCAAAAGCCAGCAGCUGAGCAACGACCACAUUUGCUACUUCCUCUACCAGAUCCUGCGGGGCCUCAAGUAUAUCCACUCAGCCAACGUGCUCCACCGGGAUUUAAAGCCCUCUAACCUGCUCAUCAACACCACCUGCGACCUUAAGAUCUGUGAUUUUGGCCUGGCCCGGAUUGCCGAUCCUGAGCAUGACCACACUGGCUUCCUGACAGAAUAUGUGGCCACACGCUGGUACCGGGCUCCAGAAAUCAUGCUUAACUCCAAGGGCUACACCAAGUCCAUCGACAUCUGGUCUGUGGGCUGCAUUCUGGCUGAGAUGCUCUCCAACAGGCCCAUCUUCCCUGGCAAGCACUACCUGGACCAGCUCAACCACAUUCUGGGGAUCCUGGGCUCCCCAUCCCAGGAGGACUUGAAUUGUAUCAUCAACAUGAAGGCCCGAAACUACCUACAGUCUCUGCCCUCCAAGACCAAGGUGGCCUGGGCCAAGCUUUUUCCCAAGUCAGAUGCCAAAGCCCUUGAUCUGCUAGACCGGAUGUUGACCUUUAACCCCAACAAACGGAUCACAGUGGAGGAAGCACUGGCUCACCCCUACCUGGAGCAGUACUACGACCCAACGGAUGAGGUGGGCCAGCCACCAGCAACAGGGCUGGUGGGUAGAUGGAUGGGUAGGCGACCCUCAGUACCCGGCCUGAGCCUGACUUCUUUACUACCCCAGCCAGUGGCCGAGGAGCCUUUCACCUUCGACAUGGAGCUGGAUGAUCUACCCAAGGAGCGGCUGAAGGAGCUCAUCUUCCAGGAGACAGCCCGCUUCCAGCCUGGGGCACUGGAGGCCCCCUAAACUGGACAGACACUUCUGCAGUUUGAGGCCUGGCCCUGCCUCCUGCCUGCCCCUCCCCUGCUGGACUGUUAGAAAAUGGACACUGUGCCCCGCCCAGACCCCCCCGGCAGACCGGGUCAGGGCGGAGGGCGGGCCUGGCCACCUUCCCUGAUUUUGCUCUGGCCUCCUGCUUCAGGCAGGCCAAGGUUCCCUCCGCCCCACCCCCCUGUCCCUCCCAGGACCUGAGGGGCUUAGGUGGCCCCCCACGCAAACUACCCUCUGCAGCUUGCCUUUGUCUACCCCGGCUAUCCCAGUCUCUGGUAGUUCUGGAAUGGAAGGGCUCUGGCUGUCCCAGGACCUCCUGAAGGGCAGUGAGGGGAUGGGGGACGCUGAGUAAGGGACUCAGGGCAAGCCCUGACCCACUAAAACCCCGCCCCAUUUUCCCCGAAGGAAUAUUCCUGAGGCUCAAGGGCUAGUAUCCCUGAGGAGCAGGGCCCAGGCCGAAACCCCUCCCCCAAAGCUGCCACAUCUAACACCCCCUGCUGCCUGUGUGUGUGGGCGAACAGAAGUGGGGCUGGGGGCACGAGGAGAGCCUGGUGCCCCUGCCCACCCCUGUGCCUGUAUCUAAUAUAUAAAGAUAGAAACGUGUA